UUGAGUUUUGGACCCAUGUUCAAUGCGGUUCAAUGGGAUUUUUUGACUCAACAUUCGGCCAUGAAGUCUCAUAAGAUGUUCAGUCUAUCCUAUCUAUCGUCGCUGACUCAAUGCCCAGUAUUAUUCACGCAGGGAUCAAGAUUAAGAAAAAUGGCAUCUAGGAGAAUUAUUGGAUUUCUUGAAACUUCUAAAGUAAAAUUUAACUUUACAAGCAUAUUGUCGCGAAAUUUGCAUGAUGUAACUAGUGAUACUGCUAAGAAAGUAACACAUACUGGUCAAUUAUACGAUGAAAAUGAUUAUCGUAAUGCAAGAUUCGUUGACAGACCAAAAGAAGUUAAUGAUAAUUGGGCUAUUAAACUAAUAGCAGAAGUUCCACCAAAACCGGCAAAGGAUAGGAUUGUGGCUUGUAAUGGUGGUGGUGGACCAUUGGGACAUCCAAAAGUUUACAUUAACUUGGAUAAACCUGGAGACCAUACCUGUGGAUAUUGUGGAUUACGUUUCUACAAAGAGGAUGGCCAUUAGAUAAAAGAUUUCAUAAUGCUAGUAGUUCUAAAUAAAUGUGUUAAUAAAUAUUUAUUAUUAUCAAUGUUUAAAAUAUAA